CUUGAGCUGGAAUCAAUUAUUUCACUGUGACGUCAUGUAGACAUUAUGAAAUCAUGGAGGUUGUCUGUAACAACAAACAUCCAAGAGCAACAUAACAAAACAAAGAAGUCUAUGCAAUUUAUUUACGAAGACGUGUUUAACACAACUGCAAUAAUAGAAUAGCAAAUAUGUUGUAUAUUGAGAGCUGUUUAGUAAUGCUUGAAGAUAUAAUGUCGUUGAUACAGACCGUGUCAUCGGAUGCAAUUGAGACCGUUACGAGUUUGAUGCAGAGUAUUGUCAAUCUACUUGGUCGUAUAUCAGCAUGUUUGGCCCUCACACUAGAUGUCAUACGAAAUGCUACAUACUUAGAAGAUUAUCUAAAAGGGGUCAUUGGUUGUUCCCAUGCGGCUCCAUCAACGCAAGUGCAAGCUGAAGAGACUGGCAAAGGUGACCAUGCACAGGAGCCGACGCCCCUUGUCAACACGAAUGAGGAAUACUCAGAAAGAUUGACAGAAGACGUCGUCGUCGUUGUUGCGAUGAUUAACCCCUCACUGAUAACUAGUCCGUCUAUUGGGACAACUGGUUGUAUUGAAGCAAGAAGCGUCUGUAGAUCACCUAAGAUUAGAAUGGGCACUCGUCCUUUGAGACAAUCCCUGACAGAUGUUGAUUUCUUUGACAUUGAUUCUAAGAUCUACAAUACCAUGCGGCGCCAACGUUUGACCUCUAUGCCUAAAAUAAAGCACGGAAUCUCUGCAUUGAAGGCUGUGUCCUAUGAGGCACCGGUUCCCGACAUCCACGACGUCCACGAUUCAACCGUAUCAUCUGGAUCUACCCCAAGAGAAAUUGUUAACAUUAACAAUACUGUUAGCGUAACAGAACCAACUCCCCACAGGAUAGUGGAGUCAAAGCACGAAGCAAAUAGACAAAAUACAAAGCAACAAUCGCCAAAGAAGUCAAUUGUGAAACGAAUAAGGAAGUUCCUGACGCCUAAAAAGUUGAUUUCACUUGGAAGAAACUUGAAAAAUCCGUAUAUCACUUUAGCAAAUAUAUACUGUACAGUCUUUUCUUGACAUGUUUUUGAUACCAAUUGUUGUUAUAUGUUUUUUAUUAUUUAUUGUU